UGGGAGAGCAGCAGGGAAAAAAAAGGAGUCGAGAGACGAGAGAGUAGUUCGUUCGUUCCCCCUUUCGCCCCGUCCGACCUGCGCCGAGAUCCGCCCCCCGCCGCCGCCCCGGCCCCGAGAUAUAACAGGCAUCCUUCUCCCAGCAUCGGGUUCCACGGAGAAGGAGGCACCGAUUUGGACAUCUGAUCCACCCAUUCACAGCGGACUUGACCGUUUCAAGACUUGGGGGACGGCUGCUGCCGGACUGGUCAACAAAAGAGGCGGCUCUCCCUAUCUCUCUCUGCGGCUCUAGAGAUGGUGCCAUUGUGAGCGGAGGAUGGAUUCCGCGAGGAGUUGGUUCCAGAAGUUCCAGCCGCGGGACAAGUCCAAGAGCCCCGCGGUGCCCGCCAGCCAUGGGAAGGACCCCGGGAAGCCCCCCGUCGACGAGGCGCCUUCCAGCGCCACCAAGCAGAAGGUUGCGGCGGCUAAGCAGUACAUCGAGAACCACUACAAGACGCAGAUGAAGUCCCUGCAGGAUAGGAAAGAGAGGCGCUGGAUGUUGGAGAGGAAGUUACAGGAUGCUGAAGUUCCUGCAGAAGAGCAGAAUAACAUUCUAAAGCAUUUGGAGAAAAAGGAGACUGAAUAUAUGCGUUUGCAGAGACACAAGAUGGGGGUUGAAGAUUUUGAACUUUUGACAAUUAUUGGAAGAGGUGCAUUCGGAGAGGUGCGUCUUUGUAGAGAGAAGACCUCUAAAAGUGUAUAUGCAAUGAAAAAGCUUAAGAAAUCUGAAAUGCUUCGUAGGGGCCAGGUAGAACAUGUCAAAGCCGAAAGAAACCUUCUUGCAGAAGUUGAUAGUGCUUACAUAGUCAAGCUUUAUUAUUCUUUUCAAGAUGACGAGUUUCUGUAUCUCAUCAUGGAGUACCUUCCUGGUGGAGACAUGAUGACUUUGCUUAUGCGCAAGGACACAUUGACAGAAGAUGAAGCCAAAUUUUACAUUGCAGAAACUGUACUAGCAAUAGAGUCCAUUCACAAACACAAUUACAUUCACCGGGAUAUCAAGCCAGAUAACCUAUUAUUAGAUCUCAGUGGUCACUUGAAACUUUCUGACUUUGGUUUGUGUAAACCUUUGGAUAGUAGUAACUUUCCAAAUUUGAAUGACCCAGAUUAUACAUCUGGAAAAGGUGCCAAGCCUUUACCUGAUAACACCAAUCGGCUAACUAACUCUUCUGCACCGAAGCGGACACAGCAGGAACAACUGUCACAUUGGCAAAAGAACCGUCGAAUGUUGGCGUAUUCUACAGUGGGCACUCCCGAUUACAUUGCUCCAGAGGUUUUAUUGAAGAAAGGAUAUGGAAUGGAGUGUGACUGGUGGUCCCUUGGUGCUAUCAUGUAUGAAAUGUUAGUUGGUUAUCCUCCAUUUUAUUCUGAGGAUCCAAUGUCAACCUGCAGAAAGAUUGUGAACUGGAGAAGUCACCUGAAAUUUCCUGAAGAGGCAAAGCUUUCUGCUGAAACCAAAGAUCUCAUCAGCAAACUUCUGUGUAAUGUUGAGCAGAGACUUGGAACAAAAGGAGCCCAUGAAAUAAAAGCACAUACAUGGUUUAGAGGUGUCCAAUGGGAAAAAUUGUAUCAGAUGAAAGCUGCUUUCAUACCAGAAGUUACUGGGGAGUUGGAUACUCAGAACUUUGAGAAAUUUGAGGAGACUGGAGCACAAGUUCAGAGUUCAUCUAAGUCGGGUCCAUGGAGAAAGAUGCUUCCAUCCAAGGAUGCAAAUUUUGUUGGAUAUACAUACAAGAACUUUGAAAUUGUGAACGAUGAUGAAGUUGCAGGGAUUGCCGAAUUGAAGAAAAAGAGUUCCAAAUCAAAACGGCCAACUAUCAAGACAUUGUUUGAGAGCAUGGAUGAAGAUGAACCUGUGCAUGGGAGUUUCUUAAAUAUGUUGCCCCAUAAGGAGGGGCAGCCUUCAUCUCACUCAAGCGUUCCACCAGAACAAUACCAACCUCGACGUAAAUAGGAUAUGGAGGUUUUAAGAAAAGUAAAACAUAGAAAAGUAAAACAAGAAAAAAAACUGCUGCCUUUUGGUCUUGGUUACCCUGUUCAACUUUUGUAAAUUCUAACCGAUGCUUUGUUUAGUGAAAUUGUUAAAAACAAAAUCUAUCCUGUUCUCUCCAAAUAGUAUGGUGUCUGAUUUUGGCAGAGGUGCUUGUUGGGCUCGCUGUAUUUGGUUUGACAGUCUCGGCGAUGGGUCUCAGGCCAUUACUGGCUACAGCAUAAGUGUAUAAUUGUUACCAGCUCUGACGAGCAUGUGUAUUACAAUUAAAUUCACCUCUGCUUUUGUGAACCUUUCAAAGAGAUUUAUAGCGGAUGGUAAUGCUGA